CCCUCUAGCAUUUCCUAGCUCUUUCUAUGGUACUGAGGUGGCCAAAGUGGCUCCUCUGGUAGCCCACUGCUCUCUCCAUGGUACUGAAGGGAUGACCAUUUAUUUCAACAUCUGUCUGGGGUCCAGAAGAGUACUGUGACUCAGAAACACAAAUUUUCAAGCUGGAAGGGACCAUCAGUAUAAAUUAGUCCAACCUCCUUGUUUUACAGAUGAGUAAACUGGGAGGUUAAGUGAUUUACUGAAGGUUGUGGGGCUAUUAAUAGUCAGACUGGGCCCACAAUAGCUUGCACUCCUUGGUCCUACUCUUUAAUUUACCUUUUCUGACACUACUCACUGAGCCUCGCUGGGCUCUUAGUCUCAGGAAAUGGGUUUAUUUGGAGGAUCCAGAAGAUGACCGUGGAUGCUCUAAUUUGGAACUACAGAAAUGUAAAAAAGGUGGUGGCAGAGGUUGUUUCGUGACCCUGGAAUGAGGACACUUUUGUCAGACAACCUCCUGUUAAUAAAAUUCCCUUAACCCAGAUUUCACAUGUAACAGGUACUUGCCUCUUCAUGGAGUCUUAUCACAUUCAUUAAAUGUCAAAAAUUAAAGAAGGCUUGGACCUCCAGAGCCUUUUCUCUUUGCUGAUAAGCAGGUCUGACUCCUGGCCCAGUUCUCUUCUGUUAAAGAUCCUUAAGCAAAGUAAUGCUUGAGUCCUUUUCUUUCUCAGUAACCCAUUUCAGUUUCACAAUGGCUAUUGUAAGGAACUUCUUUAUAUCUCAAAUAUUCUUUCUACCUCAGGCAAGAAAAAUAGGUUAGGCCCACAUUCAUCUGGCCUCGACCAGAUGAAUUCUAUACGUAAGUAGGAAGGUAGGCUGGCUGACUUCUGGUUGUCCUCUCAGGCCUAUUUCUAUGAAUGUUAAUUCUGGGGUUGCUUCUAAGUCCUAAUGCUAACCUCUGCAGCUUAGAAUCAGGAGAGCCCCCCACACCCCACCCCCCAUCUUCUCCUUAGUGCUCUUCCUCUGAACUGGAGCUCUGCACAUCCCAGGCCCAGGGAAUUUCAGCCUGGAGAAUUUUAACCCUUUCCUGCUCAGAGCAUGUGCUGAGCCCCUAUCUGUGCAGAUGGCCCAGCCCCGCCCCCCAUCCCUCACUGCAGCCUCUUGAGCUCAGAGCCAGUGUAAUCCUCCUCUUGUGUGAGGGAGCCUCUCCCCUGCAGAGAGGAGGAAAGCCUGCCUCGGAACAGCCCUGGACAAAGGGGCUGAGAUGCCCCAUCAAACUGCAGGCUCCAAGCUCUUCAGCACCUGUUGCCUUCACUAGCAGCUUUUCCUCCUCCUCUUCCCUGCACUCCCAAGAACCAAAGAAUGUGAAGGGGGUCCAUGGAGGGCUCACGUCCCCGUGCCCCGGGCGGCCACUUAGCGCCCUCGCCGCCGGCAUUCGACGGCGAACUGGAUCUGCAGCGCUACUCCAACGGGCCAGGCGUGAGCGCCGGGUCUCCAGGGAUGGGAGCAGUGGGCUGGUCCGAGAGUCGCGCAGGCGAAAGGCGCUUCCCCUGCCCUGUAUGCGGAAAGCGCUUCCGCUUCAACUCUAUCCUGGCUUUGCACCUGCGGGCGCACCCGGGCGCCCAGGCCUUCCAAUGCCCGCACUGCGGCCACCGCGCAGCGCAGCGGGCCCUGCUGCGCUCGCACCUGCGCACGCAUCAGCCCGAGCGCCCGCGUAGCCCGGCCGCACGCCUGUUGCUGGAGUUGGAGGAGCGCGCGCUACUGCGCGAGGCCCGACUAGGGAGAGCCCGAAGCUCAGGGGGCAUGCAGUCCACCCCUGCCUCUGAGGGCCUGGCGCGGCCCCAGGCUCCUUCGUCGUCCACCUUCCGUUGCCCCUUCUGCAAAGGCAAGUUUCGCACCGCGGCGGAGCGCGAACGCCACCUGCACAUCCUCCACAGGCCCUGGAAGUGCGGCCUGUGCAGUUUUGGCUCCAGCCAGGAGGAGGAGCUGCUGCAUCACAGCCUGACGGCCCACGGAGCUCCUGAGCGUCCCCUGGCGGCCACCUCGGCUGCGCCCCAGCCUCAGCUUCCACCCCAACCUGAACCCAGAUCGGUCCCAGAGUCUGAGCCAGAGCCCGAACGUGAGGCAGCUCCCGCCCCCGCUCCUGCUGCUCCUGAGGAGCCCCCAGCGCCCCCGGAGUUCCGCUGUCAAGUGUGUGGCCAGAGCUUUACGCAGUCCUGGUUUCUCAAGGGCCACAUGCGCAAGCACAAGGCCUCCUUCGAUCACGCGUGUCCCGUGUGUGGCCGCUGCUUCAAGGAGCCCUGGUUCCUUAAGAACCACAUGAAGGUGCACGCCAGUAAGCUGGGCCCGCUGCGUGCCCCGGGGCCUGGUUCUGGGGCUGGCCGGGCCCCUCAGCCUCCUGACCUGGGCCUGCUGGCCUAUGAGCCACUGGGCCCCGCGCUCCUCUUAGCCCCAGCACCCACUCCAGCAGAGCGCCGGGAGCCUCCGAGUCUCCUGGGCUACCUGAGUCUGCGAGCUGGGGAGGCCCGGCCCAAUGGUGAGGGCGCUGAGCCUGGCGCUGGCCGUAGCUUCGGAGGCUUCCGCCCACUGCCCUCCGCUCUCCCGGCCCGGGCUCGACGGCAUCGCGCCGAGGAGCCAGAGGAGGAAGAGGAGGUGGUGGAGGCGGAGGAGGAGACCUGGGCCCGGAGCAGGGCGCUGGGCCCUCUGGCUUCACUGCACCCGCGCCCUGGCGAGGGGCCAGGGCAUUCUGCGCCUGCUGCGGGGACCCAAGCAAGGUCCACCGCCACGCAGGAAGAGAAUGGGCUGUUAGUUGGAGGAUCCCGGCCUGAAGGGGGCCGGGGAGCCACAGGAAAGGAUUGCCCCUUCUGUGGAAAAUCUUUCCGCUCAGCGCAUCACCUUAAAGUGCACCUGCGAGUGCACACAGGCGAGCGCCCCUACAAGUGUCCGCACUGCGACUACGCGGGCACCCAAUCCGGCUCGCUCAAGUAUCACCUGCAGCGCCACCACCGAGAGCAGAGGAGUGGGGCAGGCCCCGGACCGCCCCCGGAGCCGCCGCCCCCUUCUCAGCGGGGUUCGGCACAGCAGUCGGGAGCCAAAACGGCUCCACAGCCUGCUACCUGGGUGGAGGGCGCGGCGAACCCCCGGCCUCCUUCGAGUGCUGCGCCGGGGUCCCGUCGGAAGCCUGCCAGCCCAGGGAGGACCCUGCGCAACGGGCGAGGCGGUGAGGCCGAACCCCUGGACCUGUCCCUGCGGGCGGGGCCAGGAGGCGAGGCUGGGCCGGGGGGUGCCCUCCACCGAUGCCUCUUCUGCCCCUUCGCCACUGGAGCGCCUGAGCUCAUGGCCUUGCACCUGCAAGUGCACCACAGCCGCAGGGCUCGGGGCCGCAGGCCGCCCCAGGCCGACGCUUCCCCGCCCUACGUCCCUGCACAGUCGGGAGAGACCCCUCCUAGUCCUCCGCAGGAAGGGGAGGAAGGCCCUGGGCUGUCCAGAUCGGGAGAGGCGGGGCUGGGGGGACAGGAACGGUAGGGAGCCCUCUUAGGGGCGGUUAGCUUAGUGAGCUUACCCCGCGGGAGCGGGGGAGCGCUAGAGGUAGUUGGGUAGAGCAGCCAGCAGGGGGCAGCGUGGGACCCAUAUCCCAGCCCCAGGCGGACCAGAGGUGGAGGGGGUGGAGGGCGUAGGAGGGUGGGCGGGCGCUACCCACCCAGCCCAGGGGAGUCACAGUGCCUUAGAAGUGGCAGGGGUGAGGAUCAAAGAACGGGGUCCUAGGGCUGGCAGAGGGUUGUGUCCCUGUUGAGGAUCCGCUCUGCCAGUCUUUGCUGGUCCAUAGGCGUGAGAGUUUAUUUUUGUACAAUGGGUGGGGGUGGGGGGCACUGUACCCUUCUAGCCCCUUCAGGGGCCCUGUAGACGUCGCUAUUUUUGGUACGAUUCCUGUCAUCCCUGUCGCAGAGUUGUGUCCCCAAUAAACAGGUGUCUUGAGGCACAGGGAGCUGUGUCUGUCUGCCUA